AUGCCUCAUAGAGCAACUUACAUUUUCCCGCGUCAUUUUCCAGAGCGAGGAUUCGAUGAAUCAUCUAAAAAGCUAUUAGAUCACGAUAAGGACAAAAUCGUCAAUUCAAUCAAAUCUGUAACCGAAAGCGACAUUCAAAGCAGUAACCAACUUUCGUCGUUUACUCCUCCGUCAACUAAACACGACGUCAUUUUCUCCUCCGGCAAAUUCUCUAACUCCGAUAUACUCCGAAUCAAACAAAAGCAGAUAGCGGCUUUCUGUGACUGGUUCAUCGACAAGAAAAGAAAUCACUCCGGUUACCAGACUCACCAUCUCCGCCGCCGCUCGUCGAUCUCCGAUGAUGAUCAUGAUCACGACUUUCUUCUUCAUCAUCCGGAGAAAGACAUUGCAAUCGACCGGAAUUUUGAUCGCCAGGUUUCGCUUCCGAGGCUAUCGAGUGAUAGUAGUUAUGCAGGGAGCUUGUUUUCCAGUGACAUUAAGGAGGAAACACCGUUGUCUCAAGUCUCCACCGUUACCACCACCACGGUGAGGAGGCAGAAGGAUGAAGAUGAAAAAAAAGAGGUGUUUGCUAAGGAGUGUAAUGAAAGCUACAUCUUGCAGCUUAAGUUAGCAAAGAGGCUAACUUGUUUGGCAAGUCUCGUAACGGAACCUGUUCUUACUCAUGGCACUGAAACUUGGGAUGCUAAAUCUGUUUCGUAUCGUCUUUGGGUGAGUGGGUGCUUGUCAUACACAGACAAGAUAAGUGAUGGUUUUUACAACAUACUGGGGAUGAAUCCGUAUCUUUGGGUGACGUGCAAUGACGAGGAGGAAGGUAAGAAGGUACCUAGUUUGUUGGCGCUUAAAGCGGUUGAACCAAGCGAGACGUCUAUGGAGGUGGUGCUUGUCGAUAGGCACCUAGAUUCUCACUUGAAGAUGCUUCAUGAUAAAGCUCAGGAGUUGUAUUGUUCUUCAGAGAACACACUGGUGUUUGUUGAACAGCUUGGAAAACUUGUUGCCAUAUAUAUGGGGGGUAUAUUCCCAGUGGAGCAAGGAGAUCUCCACAAGAGGUGGAGGUUGGUUAGUAAGAGGCAGAAGAAUUUUCACAAGUGUGCUGUGCUUCCCAUUGGCAGUUUAUCUUCUGGGCUUUGUAGGCAUCGAGCAAUUCUCUUCAAGAGAUUGGCUGAUUACAUAGGGUUGCCUUGUCGCAUAGCUCGUGGUUGCAAGUAUUGUGCUGCAGAUCACAGAUCUUCUUGCCUAGUCAAGAUUAAAGAUGAGAAGCAGCUCUCAAGGGAAUAUGUUGUCGACCUAGUUGGGGAACCAGGAAAUGUCCAUGGCCCAGAUUCCUCCAUUAAUGGAGCAUAUGUUUCUUCGAUUCCUUCUCUGUUUCAAAUUUCUCAUUUUAAGGAAUUACAAUCACCAUAUAACGAUGAUGAAGCAAGUUCUCAACCACCUAUUAGUUUCAAUCAAAGUUCUUGUAUUCCUGAAACUCAUCCUUAUUCGGGUUGUGGACAGAUCGAUCAACAAGUUAAAGAAACGGAUUUGUUGAAAGUUCACCAGGGCUCCAUAUGUGCUUCAGCUGAUCAACCCUGUGAAGGAACCAGCCCACUUCUAAUUCCUUUUGGUUUAAAAGAGAAUGAUGAGGAAUGUGCAGUUCUAGGUUCAAUUUUGCCUACCAUUCACGAGGAUGUUUCCAAAGUUUUUCCUCCCACCAGAACAUCAUUACAUGAAUAUCCAAGGCUUAGUGAAGAGGCAGUUGUAUUAGAAGAAAAUUCCAGCAAUGAAAUCAUCGUAACCGGAUGUUCUGUGGUAAAAAGUACUUUCAAGCAAUGUAUACUUAGUUCCUCAUGCCAACCAGAACUGAAGCCGUUGGACGAUAACAUUGAAAACCAAGACUAUGUACCAGCUGGGAGUAUUCCAAGAUAUGUGAAUCUUGAACCAUCAUUGGCAAUGGACUGGCUUGAGAUAUCAUGGGAUGAUUUACGUAUUAAAGAGCGUGUUGGUGCUGGCUCGUUUGGAACUGUGCACCGCGCUGAAUGGCAUGGAUCAGAUGUUGCAGUCAAGGUUUUAACAGAUCAGGAUUUUCAUGAUGAUCACUUGAAGGAGUUUCUGAGAGAGGUUGCAAUAAUGAAACGUGUUCGCCAUCCAAACGUGGUGCUUUUCAUGGGUGCAGUUACAACACACCCCAAUCUAUCAAUAGUGACAGAGUAUUUGCCUAGGGGUAGUUUAUACCGCCUCAUACAUAGGCCAGCAUCUGGUGAACUUCUGGAUAGUAGGAGAAGAUUACGAAUGGCUUUGGAUGUGGCUAAAGGAAUCAAUUAUCUCCAUUGUCUUAAACCUCCAAUCGUGCACUGGGAUCUGAAAUCCCCAAACUUGUUAGUGGACAAAAAUUGGACUGUGAAGGUUUGUGAUUUUGGAUUGUCCAGAUUUAAGGCAAACACUUUCAUACCCUCAAAAUCGGUUGCCGGAACACCUGAGUGGAUGGCCCCUGAAUUUCUUCGCGGAGAACCUUCAGAUGAGAAAUCUGACAUAUACAGUUUUGGAGUUAUCCUGUGGGAGCUUGUGACCAUGCAACAACCAUGGAGUGGACUUAGCCCUCCCCAGGUGGUUGGAGCUGUUGCUUUCCAGAAUAGGAAGCUUGCUAUCCCUCCAAACAUCUCCCCAGUGUUUGCCUCCCUAAUGGAAUCUUGUUGGGCUGAUGACCCUGCUCAGCGCCCAUCUUUUGGUGGCAUAAUUGAUACACUAAAGAAGCUGCUGAAGUCUCCAACAGAGAUGAUAAAGAUGGGUGAUACGCGCAACCCAUAA